AUGCAGCGCAAGGAGCGGGCGCGCUGGAGCUCGGAAGGCGCCAUCGGGCCCCACGCGCCAGCCCUCCCUCCCGUGCACGGGAGAGGCGCGAGGAGGCGCAAGACCGUGUCCUUCGGCAGCAGCUCGCUCGUGGACGCCGAGGUCUUCCCGUACGACUCGGCGCUCGGAGGCUCCGACGAGGACGGCCCAGCGCCCGGCAGCGGCCCGAGGCUUGGCCCAGGCGGCGGCGCGCCCCCGAGAGAGGAGGCGGCGCGCGAGGAGGCCGAGGACGUGGCGCAGGGGCAGGCCGACAUGGAGCGCCUGCAGGCGCUGGUGGACAGGAGGCGCUCAAGGCGCUCGGUCGCGUCGGCGAGGCGCUUGCCGGAGGGCCUGCCGGAAGGCGUGGCCUUGUCGCCCAUUGGCUCGAGGCUGUGGCGCAGGCGCGUGCCCGCCGCGGGCGCCCGAUCUCCAUGAGCCGACAGCCUGCCGGCUCAAGGAAGCCAGGCAUGGGGCGGCCUCGGUACGGGCCAGCGGGCAGGAGCUGAGACCCGAGGAGGAGAAGGAGGCCCUCUUGCCGCUGGAAAAAGGUUUUUUUCCUUUGUGCGCCUGCCCCCCCCCCCGCUCGCAGUCAGCGUGCACUGGCGCGCGUGCCACCGCAUCGAGGGGAGGAAGCGGAGUGGCCAGGGGGGAGGAGGGAGUCGCUUCCCACUCUGGCGCCGUCGCCUGCCCGCCGAAGCAGAGUCUGCUCCUUCCCAUCCUCCACCUCUCCUUCCUCUCCUCAGCCGUCGCUCGCUCGCGCUGUGGAACCGCUCUCCACCCCCGAGCUUCUGUCCCGCGGGGUAUCCACGUGGGCUGCUUGCGCAGGCCGCCGCCAGGGCACGAGCAGCUUGAAGCUGGACCCAGCGCCAACCGUGCACGAGCAUUCUGUGCUGGCAUCGUGGUGGCUGAACUCGCCCCCGCCUGCGCAUGGGGACGCCUGUUCUCUUGCUGUCUUUGCAGCGCGCGGCCCUUGCGCCAGGAAUCGCGACCGAGCCCUCGCCCACCGGUACGUUCUCAUUGCCUACGCGGUCGAGGCUGUACUCCGCUCCCCCGGCAGUGCCGAUUUGAGUACCUCCCGCGGCCUGCGCUCUGGGCUUCUUGCCCCCCCCAAAGUUUUUGCAAUCGCUCCGGCUCGCCUCGUCCCACCCGGGAGGCUCCCGCCUCUCAUGAUGUCUGUCACAGACCGGCCACCCAUCGGACCCGAUUCCCUCGCGAGAGAUGGCCGAUGAGAUGGGCUCCCCCGAGGGGUACGGGGUCGCAGCUCCCCGAGCCGUGGCUGGUCGGUGUCAGGCCAGUCCGUCCGAUUGCCUGCGCUCGAUGUGCUGGCCUCCACCCUCGGAUUGGGCACCAACCGUUUUUAGCCGGAAGCGAGGCCUGCCCCGAAGGCUCCGCGAGCAUACCUUGUCUCCGAUUCGGGCGCCUUCGGGCGCGCAUGUGCCGCGACGGCCUCGGUAGGGUCGCGGGGCAUCCGCCUCAGAUGCGCACGAGCCUUGUCCAAGACAAGGUCCCUUGCACGCUUGUUUUUUGUUCGCCACCGCGCGAUCCUAAAUUCGAUUGCCGCACAUAAGAGACCCCGAUGGGGUGCGAGCGUGAGGCUUCGGCCGGUAAAAAGAUUACUCCCGUGUCUUCCACGCCCAUUCGAGAGUUUUGUCGCAGCUCGUUGUUGUCAGACGCGCUGCGGCAAUGCAGGACUACUGGGCCAGAGACUCUGUCCAGCCAGCUGAGCCAUAC